CGCCCCUUCCCCGCGGCGGAGCGGAACCUGGGCGUGCGGCGCGCGGAGCCGGCCGGGCGGGGAGGCCGGAGCGGGGCGAGGAUGAGUGUCAAGCAGGUUACGUGCAGGUACUACGUGCAGGGAGUGUGCCGCGAGGGAAGCAAGUGUCUGUUCUCGCACGACCUGUCCAGCAGCAAGUCCUCCACCGUCUGCAAGUAUUACCAGAAGGGGCAGUGCGCCUAUGGAGCCCGCUGCAGGUAUGACCACAUCAGGCUCCCUGCCUCGGGGGGUGCAGCAGCUCCUGUGCCUCCUCCCAUGGCAUCAGCAGCGCUGCUCAGCCCUCGCCCUGCACCAGAGCACAGUGCACCUGCAACCAAGAGCAAGCUGCGUGAGAGUGGCAAACGGGAGAAGAAAACACUUGUUCUCAGGGACAGAAACCUGUGUGGCUUGAAUGAAGAGAAGGAAAAAGCCAGUGCAACGAAUGAUGUGGUGUGUUGCAGUGACAAAAACGAUAAUGUGGAAAUGAAGCCCCAUUCAUAUUUGGAAGCUAUUUGCAGUGGGCUGGAAGAUCCAGUAGCUGGAAGUUCCUUUGGUGAUGGAGAGCAGCUGUGUCCUUAUGCUGCAGCAGGAGCGUGCCACUUCGGGGACCGCUGCCUUUACCUGCAUGGGGACGUGUGUGAAAUAUGUGGGCUGCAAGUGCUUCACCCUUUUGACCAAGAACAGAGGAAGGCUCAUGAGAUGAUGUGCAUGGCAACGUUUGAGCAUGAGAUGGAGAAGGCUUUUGCCUUUCAGGCAAGUCAGGACAAAGUGUGCAGCAUCUGCAUGGAAGUGGUGUAUGAAAAGCCAUCAGCCUCAGAGAGGAGGUUUGGGAUCCUCUCCAACUGCAAUCACACGUACUGUUUGUCCUGCAUCCGGCAGUGGAGGUGUGCCAAGCAGUUUGAGAAUCCAAUCAUAAAGUCUUGCCCAGAGUGCCGUGUGAUAUCGGAGUUCGUCAUUCCCAGCGCGUAUUGGGUAGAAGACCAGGAGAAAAAAAAUGAGCUGAUUGAAGCAUUUAAGCAGGGAGUGGGGAAAAAGCCCUGCAAAUACUUUGAACAAGGGAAAGGAACUUGUCCAUUUGGAGGGAAGUGUCUUUACCUUCAUGCCUAUCCAGAUGGGACACGAGCUGAACCUGAGAAACCAAGGAAACAGCUCAGCUCUGAGGGAACCGUGCGGUUCUUCAAUUCUGUUCGUCUGUGGGACUUUAUUGAAGACAGAGAAAGUAGGACUGUGACCAGCACAGAUGAUCAAGUAACAGAACUUGGAGAACUUUUCAUGCACCUUUCUGGGGCUGAGGAGGAUUCUGCUACUUCUCAAUAAAGGCAAGCGAAUGUGCUUUCUUCUGUAGCAAUCUAGCUAUUUAUUUAGCAGUGGUUUUACUUCUUACAGCACAGCUGGAAUGACUGAAUGUGCCCUGUGGUCCUACUUGUGCAGUCCUGGUGAAGUUUUCAGAUAGUUGGUGUAUGGCAACAAAAGUACUAAAUUAUAUUUAGAAAGUUAAAUUGAUUGCAUGGAAAAAAAUCCCUUGAUCCCAAGAGGGUUCCCUUCCUCGUUGGCCUAACAUACGCUGUCUUGUAAAUUGAAUGGUCGUGUUACAUGCAGCUGCUCUCUUGCCUUUUAAAGCAUAAGGUGUUAAAAACUGUUGCUGUAUCUGAGGGUGCUUAUUUCCCCCUAAAUGAACUAAAUGUAUAUCUGCAGAAACACACUAGGAAUAAUGAUCCGUGUAGCUUUUCCUUUCUUAAAAAAAAUACCAAGUAUCUAGAGUUCUGAGUAAUGCUCAGUGUAUUCUUACAGUGAGUGCUUCAGUAAUGGGCACUGCCAGGCUGUCAGAGACAGCACAAAUCAGGAUCCCUCCACUGUUCUAAAAUAAUUAAGUGCAUGGUUGCAGGAAAGGUCUCCUGGUUUCCUACAGCACCUGCUGUAAAGCACAUGCAAUUUGUUACCUCCAGGCAGAGCUGUAGUUCCAGUGCUGGAGUCAAAAUGCACAGGUAAACGAUACUUGCAGCACAAGUUGGUACUGGACACUGCGUAAGAAGUCAGUAACUUUCAAUAUUAAUUGAAAUGGUAAUAGAUAAUUUUUUGUACAGGUAUUUAAUUAAAAGGGAAACCUUCAUUCGGGUUAAAUGAAGCAAAAAUUAAAUGAGGUAACUAACAUUCUGUCUAAAUAACCUCUAUCAGUGAUCUUACAGUUUGCAUCUGUACCAUGUUAAAUCAUUUCAGUCAAAAAAGAAACACUGACCACUGCUUACCUGACCUGUGGGGGCAGCAGAUACUUAGGGCUUUUCCACUGCCAUGUAUUUCUAGCAUACCGAGUCACAUCCUUCUGCCAUGUAUUCCCAGGACAGCCCUACUUUCAGGUACCUCAUAGCCCCAGCUGGCAGUUAUGUCAUUUAAAGGGCAGGUGAAGUUCCAGCUGCCUACCUGCUCCUUGCUCUCAUCAGAAGGAAGCAUUGGUCAAGGUCAAGGAGGUCAGGUAUUAAAGCACAUCUUCUGAGUCAAAUGUUAGUGGAUUCUUUCUUUAAAUUUUAAUUCAUGUUUGAGCUGCCGAAGCUUUGAGAAUCAUUUUAAGUUCUCUUUUAAAUAUACUUGUAGCAAAAGCAAUUCAUGGUAGGAAUGUGCAGUUUGUAAGAAGUUAUUUCUGCUGAGUCAUUUGUAUCAACUCUGCAGUUAAAGUUUGGUCUAGAGCCAACUGAACCAGCCACUGGGUAUUUCAGUGCAAGCAAAGAUUUUUUUCCAUGCAAGUGCAACAUGCAAUCUUGAAAGUCAAGCACAGGGCCGGUAUUUCUGCUACCCUUAUGAACACACUGCUGUCACUGUAAGGCUGCUCACCUGUUUCAAGACUCAGGCAUUUGAGAAAGCUUGAUCAUUGAGAUGGCAAAAAUUGUGAUGCAGCAAAGUGCAUUUAGAGGCAUUUGUGUAAAACGCCCCUUGUCCCUCUGGUUUUUUUAGGCAACUUCCAUCUCUGCUGCGUAACAGCUUCCCAAGAGUGAAUGUGCAAAUUUUGCUCUCGGUUGUGAUCUAGGAAAUGUAGUGAUGUUUUCAUGAUUAUUUCAACACUAAAAUCAAGUUUUAACAAUGCUUACUCUAAAGUCAGUCCUUAGCUUGUAAAUAUCUGUCACCACUUACUGCUCAACUUCUUUUUAAAACUGGCAUUUGGAGGCACAAGUGAUGGGCUUAAUCUAGUAAAUGAUAUUGCAGUGCAACUCCUCAUCACUCAUUAAAAAAGGUGAAGGAAGGUAAGUACAGCUGAGAGAUGCAGUUCUGUAAGAUGAGCGCUCUUUCUUGCAUACUUUCUACUAAAAAAUACCUACUUACACCCCUUAGCCUCCCCACUGAAGCUUUUUUUAGCUGUUCCAACACUUUUUUCAGAUAAAUAUUUUCAGCAAUGAAAUACAUUAAAAAAUAGUAAGUGGAGAGAAUAUUCUGCUCCUUAGACAGGGCAUUCCUGUUACUUUGCUCAAAGAAAACCAAGCAGGAAACAAGAAUCUGAUGUACAAAAGGUAAGGUAACUUGUUUUUCAAUGCUGCCUAGCAAUUACAUGAAGAGAAGUUUUAAUGUGCAAGCAGUAAGACAGACUCGGACCUUCUACAUUCUUCAUUUUACAGCUUUCAAACUCUAGGUUGACAUCAAAUACUAAUCAAAAUAAUCCUCCUUUUAUUUAAAAAAAAGUUUUCCAGAGAGAGAGAACCUGUAUUAAAUAAGAAGGAACAAUUAGGUUCCUUCUGGGGGUUCAGUGCUAAACUAAGAGCAACCUUUCAUAGAAUCAUAGCACCAUGAAGGUUGGAACAGACCACUGCUGCCCCCUAACCCCGUCCUGCAGUGCCACAUUGCCUCUUUGUUGAACACCUCCAGGGACUGUGACUCCACCAUCUCCCUUUUUUCAUGCUUCCUUCUUUUGCAACACUAAUUAAAAUGAAGAUAAAAUGAGAGAGAAAGGGCUGCAAUUAAAAUAACAAGAACACUAUUGAAAAGCAUGCUGAUCUGUAUACAGCACUGUUUCCAUCACUGCCAAAUGCACAUUUUAUGGUAAUGCUCAGUUAUAAGGGUGGAAUCCUAAUCCCUGGGUGAUGGUCUAAGGACAGUCAAGCUACUUAACCAGUACAUUCCUGGCUUAUGUAUUUUAAAUUCUCCUCUACCUGAACAGAAUACUAUUUCAAAAAGUAAUUCUUAGAUCAGACCACCUAUUUCUGGUCACCUGCUGCCUGAUUUGACCAAAACACCUAAGGGAAAUACCUAAGGGAAAAAACACAGGCUCCCAGAAGAUACAAUGCAGAGAAGUGGUGCAGGUAACUCACCUGAUGGUUUAUCAGUGUAUGUAUCAUGAAAACCAGUCUGUAAGUAAAGUGAAUGGAAACUGAUAGGUUGUCACAUCUAGUAUUUUAUAUUUUUACUGGUACAGUUAAUAUUUAUCCUAAAAAUUAUUCAGAAUGUUAUUUCCUGAACUUUUUAGAUGUAAAUGUGUGUGUCAAAAUAUGAAUUACUACAUUAAAUGAUGAUAUUGAAUCUUAAA